CUCUCUGUCUCAGUGCAGGAUAAACAGAUCAUGGCGUCAAAAUGUCCAAAAUGUGACAAGACGGUGUAUUUCGCGGAGAAGGUGUCGUCUUUAGGGAAAGACUGGCACAAGUUCUGUCUGAAAUGUGAGCGCUGCAACAAGACGCUGAAUCCUGGAGGCCACGCUGAGCAUGAUGGGAAGCCGUUCUGUCACAAGCCGUGUUACGCCGCCCUCUUUGGACCAAAAGGGGUGAACAUAGGCGGAGCUGGGUCCUACGUCUACGAUACCCCCGUCAACGAAGCCCCUGCAGCCGUUUCCAUGGAAACAGAUGCCAAACCACAGGAGGAGAAAAGAGCCCCCGCACGGGGACCAGUGAAGGCUGCAAGCUUCUCAUCGUUCUCCGGAGGACCCAACAUCUGCCCCAGGUGCAACAAGACGGUGUAUUUCGCUGAGAAGGUGUCGUCUCUGGGGAAGAACUGGCACCGGCCCUGUCUGCGCUGUGAGAGGUGCAGUAAGACUCUGGCUCCGGGCAGCCACGCUGAGCAUGAUGGACAGCCGUACUGCCACAAACCGUGCUACGCUGUGCUGUUUGGACCUAAAGGUGUAAACACCGGCGGUGUCGGCAGCUACAUCUACGACGAUCCUGAAGCCGAGGCACAGCCUUGAACCCUGACGCUGCCCAGAGAAAGAAGCACCUUCAGGACCCUCGAUGUCUCUUUGAUUUGCCUUCUACGGUCACGGUGACGAACGAUAUGUACUGCGCUCACAGGGAGGGAUGUUUAGACCUUUAUGUUGUAUUUGUAUAUUGUUUAUAUAUCUAUUUUUUGUACUGAAACGAACCUUAAAGAUGUCCUCCCAUGUGACUUUCAGA